GAGAGAUGAAAACAGGGCUUUGGGUGUGGAAACGAGGACAGCUGAUAGAGAUAGAGCUGGGCUCUUGAAAAACAACUUUCUGGGUUGUACCAAUUUAGACGAUGAGUAGGAAGACCAAAGUUUGCCCAUGCCUGGUUUAGAAUCAUAAGCGGGACACAAAGGGAAAGACGUAGGAUGCUUCCAAGCAGUUAUUUAUUGGCAGUAUGCUAGAUGUCAAAGCACAACUUAGUGAAUGUGUGUGUAUGCACUGUUUAUUUGCACUGUGAACAGCUCUUAGAUUCUUCCUCAUGUUCAGGUGGAAUCUCCUUUCCUACCAUUUGAACCCAUGGCUCCAUUGAGUCCUAGUUUCCAGGGCAGCAGAAAACAACCGCCUCCCUCUUCCUUCUGACGUUCUAUAUAUACAAGAAGAAUAAGCAAGUACUGAACAAUACUUGGCUACGUGGGCAAGUAAUUUGCCUUGCUGUUUCCCGCGUCUUGCUUGCUCAGUAUGUUUCUUUUAGGUGGGUGGGAGACAGGAAGAGGCACCUUGAGAUGAAGAGAUAGGAAACACAAGCAACCGCCAUCUCUGUUGGUGCUCAAAUCCGACGGAAGGAAGCAUGGCUUCGUUCUAGCAGGGUUUGCAAACAGCCCUGGGCUUCUGCCUCAACAAGAUUCAGAAGAUGGCCUCCACCUUCAAAGAGGGUCCAGCAGCACUGCAUGAAACCAUCACCGAUUUCCUAGGGACACGAGAAUACGUUUUGAUGGAUGCUCAGCUCCACAUCAGAUCCAAAGUGGAAGACGUUGUCUUGAUUUUAAUGCCUUGGCGAGCCCUUGUGAUGUUGGCAAAGUUCCCAGUUAAGGUACAAGUGAGCUUCAGCUUCCUGGCCAUACAGUCCGUGACAAUAGGAGAAGCAAACCAGUUUUUUAUACAAACAGAUACAUCUGACUUUGAAUUCAAGUUCUUUUCGCUGGAGGAUUUGGAUCAUGUGGCUGUCCACAUUGUGGCGUCCCUUCAGAAAGCUUUUCCAGAUUCUUCGCCUGGAAACAUUCUCCGAAAUGCAUCCCCCAGUUUGCUUGAGAAAAUUCAAGAGAAAGCAGAGUCUUUGGAAAACUUUCUGAGGGAAAACGGAAGCCCAUGCGGAGGGUUCUCAGAGACAUAUGCUGCCCUAUGUGAUUACAAUGGCCUCCCUUUCCAAAAGGAGAUCCAGUGGAACGUGGACAAUAUUUAUCACCACCAAGAAUGCAGGGAAUUCAACUUACUGGAUUUCAACCACCUGCCCAGCCAGGAUGUCGCUCUUGGUGUCGCCGUCUUGUCUUCUAAUCGGUGGUUCAAAAGGCUGUGUUGCAAGAACUGCAAACUGAAUCUGGGUGUUCUGAAGCAGAUCCUUCACGUGCUCAGUCAAUCGGUGACUUUGGAAGAGCUGGUGUUGGAAAACUGCGGCCUGAAGUUUGAGUUUGCUCAAGAGAUGUCCCAGGUGCUUCAUGAUAAUCCAGACUCUGCCUUAAACAAAAUCAAUCUCUCUAGAAAUCUUCUGGAGGAUCGAGGCAUUAUUGCUCUGAGCCUAGGUUUAGAGCAGCAGAUCAAGGACCUCCAAAGCUUGGACCUUUCCAGGACUUCCUUCACUCAGAAAGGAAUGAAUGCCCUUGGUCUUUCUCUAGUCUCCAAUGAGUCCUUCCGAACGUCUUUACGCUACUUGGACCUAUCUGGUAACCCAGGGAUUCUGGCCACCAAAGGCAUAAACGGCUUGGUUUCUUUCCUGACUCAGCCAAAUGCUUUACUUCACCUUGAUCUUUCUGGGACAGACUGCGCUUUGGAUGCGAUCUUCAGUGCCUUGGCUAGUGGAUGCUGCGAGAACCUUGUCCAUCUCGACCUAUCCAAUAAUGUUUACUCUUACAAAAAAAGCAGAGAGAUUCCUCCUGCGAUGAGCAAAUUCUUCGGCAAGGCUUCUGCCAUCAAACGUAUUUCACUGUCUGGAACCAAGCUGCCAUCAGAGGCUUUGAGGGCUUUGCUUCAGGGUUUGGCAUAUAAUGUCCAGUUAAGUGGAUUGAACCUGGAUCUCAGUCGAUGCGAGUUGAGAUCAUCAGGUGCCCAGGUGAUCCAGGAUCUCGUGUCUGAUGCCAGUUCAAUCAGCGGUUUCAAUUUGUCUGACAAUGGGUUUGAUUCUCACAUGGUGACAUUGGUAUUGGCUAUCAGUAGAAGCAGAUCCAUCAAGCAUGUUGCUUUAGGGAGGAAUUUUAAUAUCCGGUCCAGGGCAACCCUAGUUGAUACUUUGCACCGGAUUGUUCAACUAACUCAGGAUGAUGACUGUACUGUUGAAUCCAUGUCAGUAGCAGAAUCUCGCCUGAAAUUGGAAACUUGCAUCCUUCUGGAUGGUUUGGGAAGCAAGAGAUGUAAUCUUGCCGCACUGGAUAUCAGUGGCAAUGCUAUGGGAGACAUGGGUGCGAAGAUGCUAGCCAAGGCUUUGUCGGUGAACACGAAACUGAGGACUCUAAUUUGGGACAAGAACAAUACAACAUUGUGGGGAUUUCUUGAUUUUACUCAUGCUUUGGAAAGGAAUUUCACACUAAAGACGAUGCCGUUGCCAAUGAGCGAUGUGACUCAGGCUUGCCAGAGCCACCUGGAGGAAAUGGAGGAUCUUGUCCACAAGAUACAGUCUUACCUUGCACGGAACCAGUUUCAAGAAACUCUGCUUCUGGAGAAAUCUAACCUUCAGCCCACGCCUACGUCCAACUCUCCUGAAAAGAGGAUGGUACAAUGGAAUCCCAGCAACUGUAUGAAUGCCCUGCCAAAACCAGAACAAAACAGUAAGACAUGUUUAUAUGUAUUUCUGAACCAUAUCAGAUUGAAGUACAGAAAGUGGGCUUAUCAUAAUGGUCUCUUAUUUGCCUGGGCAGCUGCAUUCAGGCAUUCAAUGUUCAUAUUUGCUUGGCUCCUUUGCAAAACAGACAGUGAGGAUCCUGGUUUCCCUGCCACCAUCGCUCCAAAAGCAGACCAGAUUCCUAGAAUCGGUCUCUUGGAUCUUACGGCAGAGGAGGGAGAUAACAAGAUUGGGGCCCCCCAGGCUGAGCUGUCACUCAGCUGUGCCUCCUCCGCAAAGUCACGCCCUGCCUCCACAAAGGAUGCUGAGGCUGGGAGUGGGCUGCUUCCUCGCACAGAGCCUGCAUCCGCGAAAUCCCUUAUGGACCUGCCGACUGCAGGGGAGAAACUGGAGCACUACACCCGGCACAGGCCCAGGCCCAACCGCAGGACCGGCCAGCCCCCCAGCAAGCCCAAUGUGCAGCCACCUUUGCGUGAAAAUGACGAAGACAGAAGUAUUGCUCGGCUGGAUGAAGGGUUAGAUGAGUUCUUCACAAAGAAGGUGAUUCAUGAACCCCUAGUUCCUAUUUCACUGGAAACUUUGCCAGCAACAGUUAUGCCAACCCCUUCUGGCUCUCGGACCUUUAAAAAGAAAAUAGGACACUUCUUUGCCUUCAAGAAGUCAAAGUCAAGCCGGGGUGCCAGGGCAGAGAAAGAGCCUGAGGGCAGCCCCUUGACCUCAAGGUACCGGAAACUGAUGCUCAGUGACAUUUUAAGGACCCCCAGCAAAACCAGUGAGUCAAUGAAAGCACUCAGCAAAUCUGAAGAAGAAGGGAUGGCUGUGGAAAGCAGGGGCUACUUGGAACAAAGUCAGACGCCCGAUAGUGCUCGCCGGGCUAGGCCAAAAUAUUCUCGGGAAGGGAAGUCCCAGUCCUUGAUACUUCUGUCAGGGGAGGGUGAAGAAGGACUUGGUGUGAGACAUGAAAAGAAGAGACCUCUUGAAAGAAGUGAUGGUGAGCUGCCCAACUCCUUUGAGCAGCGUGUCCAGGUCAUGCUGCAUCGGAUCGGUGUCACCAAAGUGUUAUCCUCUGAAGGCAAAAAGAAGCAGAGCAAAGACGGAGAGAUCAAGAAGGCUGGUUCUGAUGGGGACAUUGUGGAUAGUUCUGCAGAGUCUCCUUCUUGCGCCUUGAAAUCCCGCACGCACUCGGUGUCUACAGAUCCUUCUGUGCGCAUCAGUUCCCUGGGGGUUGUGGUCAGAACGGACAAAGAGCCAAGUGGUGGAUCCUGUGAGGGGAGGCUUUCCUGGAGAGCUCUCGGGAGGCAACUGAAUGCAGAGCUCAAGGGCAAAUGCUCAGAACUCGGCUCUUCCCCAAGAAGAGCGUGUGCCGCUCAGGAGCCGGCCAGCCCCAGAGAACAGAAAGGGAGAGAGAGGUGGAGCAGCAGUUUGCCCAGGAUCGGGAGAAGCACAGCAGGCCAUCUUCCUCAUAGGAGGACAAGCAAUGCUGGAGAAGGACACUCACCUGCCCAACCACAGCAUUCAUGCGCUGAUGGAAACACAAGUGCUGGAGACAAUCAACUCAAACCCAAAUCCCGUCUGAAGCCUGUGGUAAACCGGAGGGCCAUGUCUGUUCAUGAAGAACAGCUCAGGGGCCAGACCUGUGAAGCAGAACUGCACCAUGCAAAAUUCCCUCUUUGUUUGCAGCGCUCACCUGUCCUGAAGUGGAAGAUUAAACCCAAGUCCCCAUUGGAGCCUGAAACAUCUGCACCACCGGAUUCCCCAGGGAUUCCAUCCCAAGAAAGGAACACGGCAGCCACAGAGUCGAAGCUAAGAGCAGCAAUGGAAGAGGAGUUGGAACAAGCUUUGGAACAAAUUCUAGAGAAUGCACAAAAUACAGCUCUAGACCAAAGAACUGCUGUGCCGCUCUCCAAGUCCCCAACACAUGAGCAUUGAGUCAGUGGCUGGUGCUUCAACAUGACAGCAGCUCACAUGAGCAAAGGAUGAAGGCUUCAGAUAUGAAGCAGCAAAGCAUAGCUGCUAGAGUGCAAGCAGUUCAGCACAGAGCCAAAGGAAUGCCAGGCUUCGAUUAUGGCUCUUAAAUUGGUAAAUGGUAUUUCCAACAAGGAUUGGUGACAUCUACACUUCUGCACGUCUUCUUGGUUGUCCCUUUUCACCUUUCGCCCUUGUAUACUCCCAUGUAAGUGCCCAGUAUUCCAAUGGUUCAGGUGAAGGAAGCCAAGAAACUGGCUAUUUCCAGCUACAGUUGUAUAGCUGGUAGCUGAUAUAGAUGUGAAAAUGUAUAGUGCCAGAAAUUGAGAACCACCAGCAAGAGGACAGGGGAAUAAUUUGUAUACAUUAAACUUGCCAGCCUUGUAUUAUGUUUCAGGAGGUUGGUGCUUAGCCAGCGGUGGAGUUGACUGAAAAAGCUAAAUCCGUGAAUGCAAGUUCAGCCACAAAGCUAAGUGGUCUGUCUCACAUAGACAAUCUUUACUCCUUUCAGCCUAUAUCAUAUCUGCUCCUAUGGUCCUACUGCCUUUGGCUAUAUCCCCUCAUAGCAUAAUGGAUGACCUGUAACUUUGGUUCUUUGAGUGAUCAUCUGUGCCCGCACACAAAUGGGUUUCCUUCUGUGCAGAGACUCAAUUCAGGAUGUUCCAAAAUCGAUGGGUUGGUGGGAAUACUUGUCCCCUUAUCACACAUGUUCUGAUCAGCCAAGGUAGUUUUGAAAUACCGUGCAACAUUACAGGACCCAGAAAAGGGGAAGUAGGAUGGGUCUGUGUCCAUUCAAAGAACCAGUUAACAAGUAAUCUGUGUAUUCUUCUUGGGCUCUGUGCCUCCUACAAAUGGGUUACUGCAAAAUUGACUAACAGAUGGAGGAUCAGGUCACCAAAGAAUAGAUGGUAGGACUAAAGUUUACAUCUGCCCUAGAUCUACAUUCCAUUUGGCAGUGCAGGGUAAAGGAAGAAGGCAGAGACCAGGUAGCAGCUUUGCAUAAGUCUGGUCGUGAAAAGCUAUGAAACGGAACAAUCAGCCCAUUUGGAAAUCUCUGUGAAUACACUUGUUUUUUUUAAAAUAAAUAAAUAAGGGGAAUAUUUAUUUAUUUACAGUAUUUAUAUUCCGCCCUUCUCACCCCAAAGGGGACUCAGGGCGGAUCACAUUAAGUACAUAUAGGGCAAACAUUCAAUGCCCAUAAACACAUCGAACUGAGACAGACAGACAGACAGACAGACGCAGAGGCAAUUUAACCUUCUCCUGAGGGGAUGAUGGAUUCUCACCACAGGGGGGAGCAGCUGCUUCAUCAUCCACUCUGAUGGCACUUCCUCAUUCUAACGUUGUAAAUUAGUUAAACUCGCCUCCCCACUUUUAAAAGUGGUACCUUAUUUCCUACUUGAUAGAUGCAACUCUCUUUCGGGUUGCUAGGUCAGCAACGAGUAGGGGCUAUAUAUUUUAUUUUUAAUUGACGGGUGCUCACCCCGCCACGGGCUGGCCUCGAACUCAUGACCUCGUGGUCAGAGUGAUUUAUUGCAGCAGCUGCUCACCAGCCUGCGCCACAGCCCGGCCCCUUGUCAGAAGGGAUAGAAAAAAGACAGAAUAGACAGAAGGGAUAGAAAAAAGGAGAAAAGAAAAAAUGACAAGUGAUGCUACUCAACGAGAGAACAAUCCAAAGAGAGGUUCUACUGACAGAGGAAAAGAAACGGAAGGGCAGUAUCUCAGUGAGCUACAGGACACGUGUGGCAGAACGGGAGAGAGGGCAGGUGUCCCCACCAAGCUAUUCAGCUCUGGAAAAUUCCAAACUGAGCUUCUGCAUAGGCACAAAUCCAUUUGUGUAAGGCACAGAGGCCACAAAGAAGAAUCUACAUUCUCGUCAAUUAUCCACUGAUGUCAGUGAGGUGUUUGGCAUGAAUGAAGCAGGAGCGGAGUGUGUGUGUUUUUUUUACCACUUUCAGCGAGUUAAAAAUAAUCCUAGCCCCUCUAUUCCACAAUUAAAUGAGGAUAAUUUAAAUAUCAAAUUUAUCAAAUAUUCUCUUCUCAUUUACUGUAUCAGGACUGUUGUCUUUGCUUCUUAAUAUUUGCAAGACCCAGCAGUGCCUUGCUGUGAACAGGGUUGGGAGAAAGUGGAGAUGCUCAAGUUCCUGCAAAAGGAAUGAACUGGAGUUAUCCUGCUAUUUUUCUGGUGCUUCUGUUCUAUUCUACUGUAAAAUUAUUACUCACGGACCCACAGAUGGUUAGUCAGUCUUUUGAAACAUCAUCCUAAAAUAACAAGUUUUCCUAAGGCAUUUGCUUUAAGGAGGCUGCAGGUGAUUAUUUUUCACAGUAUAGGUGACAUAAUAUGUUUCCUAGAUGCAAAGGAAGGCUGAAUAUACGUUUUGCAGCACUGAGAAUCUACAGCUGGUCAAGGCCACUGAGUGCAGUUUUCUUGUGUGAGCACAUUCCAAAAAAAGAAAUGCAGUCAUCACAAAGAUGAUCUACAUGUGCUUUUAAUUCUGUUUCCUACACCAAAAUGCUUUGGCUGUAGGAAAUUCAUAAUAAAAGUGACUUCAGCAAACUGCAGUUGUUCAACCUGCUCACUUCAGAGAAAGGAUACAACUGCAGCAUGAGAAUUAGAUGCAGAAUUAUUUCACAGCACCAUUUCGUAAUUCGUACACAUUCAAACUGACAUCUGACAGAGGGAGAAUAAUCUGGCGUAAGAAUACAACUGCCAAACUCCUACAUAGAUGCAGAGGGAACCUAGCUCUAUGUAUUUUUUGGGUAUUUACCAUCCAUUACCAGGUGAUUAUUGCAUGUAUAUUUAAUAAAUAUUAUAGCACAAAUUGCUGGUUUUCUUUACAUUAAGUCAUUUUUAAAAGCAGAGGAUCAUAGAAAUGUUUUCUGUUUUCAACUUCUGAAUCAUGUUUGAUUUUUCUGUGCUCAGCCAUGGAAAGGCCACAAAGGUAUAUUUUCUAUGACAGCUAUGUUGUUGUUUUUCUAAUUUGUUUUCUCUCCAAAGCAUUUUAUCAAGCAUGUAAACUAUAUGAAGUAUUUUGUAACUAAAUGCAACAGGGAAAUGAUCAGAUCAAUUAAAGAUAGAAGCUAUCCAAUUCAGAAUUGA